AUGGACGCGUACCACCACCAGCACCGCUUCGCCGGCUCCGGCGAAGCGCCGCCGCCGCAGCAGCCCGCUCCUCCGUCCCACUGGCACCCCGGGCCCGCGCCGCCGUACCACCCCUACCCUCCCCAGCACCACCAGUGGGGCCCCCCGCCCCCCGACCACCAGCACCAGCACCAGCAACACCCUCAGCCGCCGCCGUCGUACGCUUACCAGCCCCCUCCCCCGCCGAUGCCUCCCGCGCCCGGGAACCCCUGGCCUCCUCACCACGCUGCGGCCCAGCCCCCGCCGCCGAGCUACCCACCUCCGCCGCCGGGACAGGCGUGGCCGAAUCAUUCAUGGGCUCAAAACCAUGGAUACCCAGGGCUUGCCAAUGAGGAUGAUUGGGCCACAAAGGCGAAGGAAUGGGCUGCUGCUAAAUCUGUUGUUACAGAGAAUCACCAGAUUCAGCAGCAUGCAAUACCCCACCAUUAUGGUCAGAAUGAUCAGUAUCAGCAACCAGCUGGUCAUCCACCAAUCCCUCAAUCAAGUAGCGACCAGUUGCCAUUUCAAAUGACAGGUCAACAGAGGGAAACGAACUAUUUGCAAGAUAGAGGUCCCAUGGCGCCACCACUGAAGAAUUUUGGUCCAUUUCCAUCCACCUAUGAGCAGGAGGUAUCUUAUAAUUAUUCUUCUGCUCCAGGUAAUGGGAAUGCUAUGCAUCAAUAUCCAAGCCCACAAGCUCAGCCAUCUCUAACUGCCCCAUCAGUUCAAGAUGGAUUUCCUCGAGGGCCUCCUAGUGUGCCUGCUCAUGGUGUACAGUCUUACAGGAUGAUGGCUGAUCCCAGUGACCAACCUUUGGAGUUUGAUAGCAGAAAAGCUCCUGAUAUGGCAGUGCAUCAAACGAUAAAUAUCAGUUCUACCGUUCCAGCAGCAAUGUCUGAACAUGGUACAGCUGCAAUAUCAACUCAAUCAUGGGGCCCAUCUGCUUCACUUGGAUUUUACCCUCAAGCUCCAGUACCACCACAAGCACCACAGAUGGAUCCUUCUUUGCAUACUGGGCCACUCUUUGGAGCACUCUCUGGUUCAAACUAUGUUCCACCUGCAGUAUUUGGUGUUGGUAGUCUAACUGAAGCAUUCCCCACAGAUGCAAACCCUUUAUUCGCUGAACGGUCAAAGAAACCUCCAGUACCUAACUGGCUCCGAGAAGAACUUCUAAAAAAAAAAUCUACUCCAGUGAGUGCUUCAGUGCAACACUCGACAAAUUCUGAUUCAAUGGAAUCUGAAGAUGCUGCAGAACCACCAAAAAUAGCUAACGAAACUGAUAGCAGAAGCAUUGGUUCAGCUAAAUCAAUCGAAGAUGAUGAAGAUGAUGAGGAUGAAAUCGAAAAGGCCCGGACAGCAGCAAUCAACCAUGAAAUUAAGCGUGUGUUGACAGAAGUUCUUCUAAAGGUUACGGAUGAUCUUUUUGAUGAGAUUGCGACGAAAGUUAUGAAUGAAGAUGAUUCAUCAGAUAAAAUGAAUGAGAUCACUGGUUUCUCUAGCUCAAAGGAUCCUGAUCUGAGAGAAUCAAAAGUCAAGACCACAGCUAAAGUUGUUGUUGCUGCUAAGUCAACCAGUGUUAGCUCUACUGAUCAUUCUGAUGGUGCUGGGUUAAGCUCUCCUAAAGGUGCUCUUCUUGGUCUUGCUAGUUAUGAUUCAGAUGAUGAAGAUGAUGAUGGUGAAGGUGAUGGCGAGAAAAAAUUUGAUGGUGAACAACCCACUGGCAAUAGUGAAAGUAUUGCUUCAGUCCAAAGUGUUUCAGGUGACAAUCAUAAAUCCAGUGAUGCAGGAUCUCGAGGAAGGCCAAACGCAGAAUCCGGAAAAGAGCGAAGCAUUCAUGACACACAGAAUGGAGAAGCCACAACUUCUAUUCAGCCGAUGGGUGUGAUUCAUAAAACAAGUGAAAAGGCACAUGGACACACGGAGAUAGAUUUGAAGAAUGGAAAGCCGUCUUCCGGCCAUCGUUCUGAAAACAAUAAUAAUGUGGAGAGCACUCACAGGCGCUUAGAAAGGAACAGCCAUGAGGAAGAUUUUAAAAAAGAGGUGAAGGUUGGCAAUGGAAAAGACUCUGAAUCUUCUAGAUCUGACAAGUUUGGUGAUAGUGACAAACAUGGCGUGCAUGGAAGUAUUGAUAAAAAAGGUAGUUACAAAGAGGAAAAAGGCUCAGGCAGGUAUACUAAACAUGGAUCGGAUAGAUGGGAUGAUGCCAAAGAAUAUCGGAAAGACGCCAGAGAGGGAAAGAAAGAUGCCGCUGAUAGAAGAGGAGAGAAAGGAAAUGAUGGGAAUGACGAUAGGUCAAGGCAAAUUACAAGGAGCUCAGCUAGCCACAGCAGUAGAAGGUCACGAUCACCAAGUGGGAGAAGUCGUACUAGGAAUGAGAGUUCUUCAUAUGUUCGAGGGAGUGUUUCCAGUGACGAGCCUUCUGAUAAUGCGAAAAG